CUUGUUUCCACAGAAUAUUUUUUUCAAAAAGCUAAUUUAAUUGUGCAAGGUAAAUCAAGCCGAAAAUAUAUCCCGCUUUAGUUUCAACUAAUCGUUAUGAUGGACACGGACGAACAUUUUCAUGACUGCGUUGCCAGUAUUUCUAACAUAAACUUUUCUGAAAGUAAGAAGAUCGGGAUAAACAAAGCGGAAGCUGAUGACAGUAAUAAUAAUAACUAUGAAGUCACGGAAGAACUAACACCACAAGAGCAGGCUUUAUUGAAAAAAAUGCAGUACGAGCUUCCUACUGAUCCCGUAGAACGGCAACAGUUUAUCAUACGACUCAAAAAGUUUGCGAAAGUUCGUGGAAAUGGAGGGAAGACAGAUCCGUUUCAAUUCUUCGAGGUUGAACAUGAGCCUUGCAAUAUGCUGCGAGUUCGAAUCACGCGAGGAAGAGAAAUAACAAAGGGAAGAUUCGGGGAUUUGAUGGAUGUUCCCGAUCCGUAUGUGAUUGUACACGUACCGGAAGCGCCUGAUGGUCGAAAACAAACGCAAACAAUUGAUAAUGAUUGCAAUCCAGAAUGGAAUGAAGAACUUCUUUUUUAUCUCAAACCACAAACAGAAGAAAAACGGAAAAUUAUAGCACAUAUAACUCUCAUGGAUUCUAACUACGCUUUAGAUGAAACAAUUGGUGCGGUUGAGUUCGACCUAUCAAAAGUACCAAUGGAUGAAACUUUGAAAAAAACAUUUAAUUUUUUUGAGACAUCUGAAGUCGAUAUAGAAUUCACGAUGCAGUCAGUGUACAAUUCAGAUAUAAGAUGCAGUCUAGCACUUUGCGACGAAGAGAAACGAUUUCGCACAAUGCGAAAAAAAGUUGUCUUAGAAGCAAUGAGACGUUCAAUUCCUGCAAAUGGACCCAGAACUCUGCGAGAGACGCCGACAGUUGCAAUUCUUGGUUCCGGUGGUGGAUUUCGUGCUAUGACCGGAUAUGCCGGAGCGAUGAAAGCUCUUUACGACUCUGGAAUUUUGAAUUGUGCAACAUACAUCGGUGGAUUGUCUGGAUCUUCAUGGUACCUCAGUACCCUCUAUUCUCAUGAUGAUUUCCCGCGACUUGGUCCAUCAGUAGUAAGUCAAGAAAUUCGAAGUAGUAUUGAAACAAGUUGGUUAUGGUUUCUUGGUCCUGAAGGUUUGAUGAGAUACAGCAGUAGAUUGAGACAAAAGCGAAAGCAGGGCCAGCCUGUCACAUUCACGGACUUUUUUGGAAUGUUAAUCGGACAAAUGCUACUUGGAAAAGAGAAAAUGGAAAAUCGUAAAUUGUCGGAUAUGCAACUUAAACUCAAGGAUGCAUCUCUACCAAUGCCUAUAUUCACCUGCCUGCAUGUGAGAUCAAAUAUGUCAGCCAUGACAUUCCAUGAUUGGGUCGAGUUCACUCCAUAUGAAAUUGGAAUCGCAAAAUACGGAACGUUUCUCAAAACAGAAUAUUUUGGAAGCAAAUUUUUCAUGGGCGUUCUUGUUAAAAAAUACGACGAAAGUCCGCUACACUUUUUACAGGGAGUGUGGGGAAGCGCAUUUUCGAUUUUAUUUAAUCGAUUGAUCGAAAAGUCUAAUAAAGAUGGAAAUAACGAUUCAAACUCAAAACAUGAAGAUGAAAGAGAAGCCUUAAGCAAAGAAAUGGCUGGUAUCCAGGCCAGCGGAGGUAAGAAUCCUGACGAGGAAGAUUCUGAGGAGGAAGAUGCUGAUGAAGAGGACGAAGAUGAAGAUUUCGUGGACGCACAUGAAAAUUUGGAGCAUAUCAAAGCUGCACAAGAACAAGGACGUCGCCAUACAUGGUUUACAGGAAUCACACGGUCACCGGCAAUACGCGAAAGACCAAGCAUUGAUAAGAAACGGGGAAGCAUGUUUUCACUUGGAAACCUGUUUUCUUGGGGAUCGCCGGCAAAAAAACUUUCACCAAAACAACAAAGAAGCGCUUCGACUGCUCCACAACCUAAACAAUCCAUGUUGAAUAGCUUUGUUUCCAACAUGUUCAACUCUUAUGCUAUAAUGCAGACGAGAGAAUUUCGUGCUGGUAAGAUAUUGAACUACAUGAGAGGAUUGUCGCUGAGUAACACUUAUCCAAUCUCUCCUUUUGCUGGCGCCGAUCAUAUCGCUGAAGUGGAUGAAUUCAAACACGUUACCGAAGCCAUGGAAUGCUUCCGUAAAAAAGUACAUUUAGUUGACUCCGGACUGACAUUCAAUACUCCAUACCCUCCUAUACUCAGACCACAGAGGGGAGUGGAUUUGAUCAUCUCGUUCGAUUUUAGUGCACGACCAUCUGACAAUCACCAGCCUUUCAAGGAAAUUCUUCUAGCAGAAAAAUGGGCACGUUUGCAUGGAAUUGCCUUUCCAAAAAUUGACGUUUCGGUUUACGAUCCAGAAAAUAUGAAAGAAUGUUAUGUCUUCCAAGAUACGGGCAACGAGCGAGCUCCAAUAAUUAUUCAUUUUGUACUUUGCAACGAACAAUUCAAGAAAUUUUCCAAGCCAGGUGUUCCACGAGAGGCAGGUGACACCAGAGCAGAUUUUAGUAUUUUUGACAAUCCCAAAACUCCUUACUCAACUUUCAAUUUCCAAUAUUCUCAUCAAGCUUUUGAUGAUCUACACGAUUUAAUGGAAUUUAACACGCUACUAAACAUCGAGACCAUAAAAGAGCAAAUCCAGCACUGUGUUCAGUUGCGACGUCGCUCGAAAUCGAGAUGCUCAAUCACCUUAAACGACAUUAGAAAAUCACGACACUUGACCAAAAAAGGAAGAAAUAUUCUGGAGAAAGUUCUACAUAACAAAGAUGCUUUGUUUCUUGAUUAGACUAUUCACUUUAUAAUAAUUAUAAUAUACUCAUAUUGCACGUAACAUCAUUGGAGUAAACACUUCUGGCUGUUUAAACUUUGCCCGUUGUUGAACUUUAAAACCAUAUUAUGUUACAACAUUUUGUUGCUUUUUUGUUUUCUGGCAGUAGUUUCAUUUAAAGUCUAUAAGGUGAAAGAAUUGAUAACAAAAAUAUGACUAACGAGAGAAGUAUUUCUUACGAAUUGUGAUUUUACUUGAUUGUAAACAUUAUUGUUGCAACAAUUUUUAUCCUUGCACAUUUUAUGCCUAAUUUUUUUUUUUUAUUUGUUAGUUUUCACUUUUUUCAGUUAUUUUGUACAUAAAUAAAACACUAAUAAGAAUAUAACAA